GAUUAUGUAAACCAUGUUAUCAGGACAUGAAGAUGAAGUUUAAAGACCAAGAGACUGCGCAAGUCAGAGAGCCAAUGUGCUCUGGUAUUUCCAUAGCAGAAUACUGCUUCUCUGAGCCACAGGCAGGGAAAUCAUACUGUGAUUCCAAAAUAGCGCACAUGAGAAUGAAAAUGAAGAGCUAUGCAGCAAGUGGGCAUGACAUCUUAACUGCAUCAGACAUGAAACAUGCACUUGAUGCUGGCUCAGGUGUCAGAGGAUGUCAAGUGGCAAAUGUAGCUAUAGAUACAACAAAACAGUUGUUCAGUACCCACAAGAUGAAAAACGUAAACAACUACAGCAGUAUCACUUAUCAAGAGGAUGGUAUGAUUGUGCGUAAAGCUUAUAAUAUUGGGAGAGGCUUACUUAUGUCAAACUUGGAUAUCAGGAAGUUUACCAGUUCUAAACAUGAGGAACACACGUCUGGAUGCUUGAUAUUGGAGCCCUUUAUUACCCCUGCUAUGCAGAAGGGAGAAAUAAGAACUAAAUCAAAGGAAAAUUCUGAUGGUUUAGAAAUUUCUGGAAAUAACGCUGAGAGAGAAACUGCUGAAGAUGCUGCAGUGGCAUUAUUUUAUUGCCCAGAAGUUGGCUGUACCAAGAAGUAUUCAACAUACAGAGGGUUAGAAACUCAUUUGUUGUGUGGUAAACACCAAAUGAAACUAGACAAAAAAUCUACAUUCGACCAAAUAAAGCUUCAGUGGGCUCAGCUAUGUAGUGAAGUAGUAAUCACCUGCAAAAAUGUUUUGUCCUCUAAAGAGAGUGUUGAAAAGGAGCUUAAAGCUGAACCUAUGGGAUGGGGUCUUAGAAAACCAAGGAAGAUUUCACGUUUUCCAGAGAAAGUGAAGGACUACUUGAUGAAAAAAUAUGAAAAUGGCAAAAAAGGGAGGAAAGCAGUUCCAUCAGAAGUUGCUGAAGAAAUGAGGGUUGUUACUGAUGAGGAUGGAAGCAAAUUAUUUAGUGUCAGUGAAUGGUUGAGCACAGCUCAAAUAACUUCUUUCUUCUCCAGAAUGGCAAGUAAGGGAUAUGACAAUAAACCUGUGACAGAGGACUUUGAUGACAAAGAUUUACUGGCAGCUUUGGAAGCCAUUGAGGAGGAUGCACUGAUUGAGAAUAUUAAUUUGGCCUCGUAA